GCGUCCUUACUUAGCCAGUCCCUUGCAGCCUCCUCUGUUUUCCUGUCUCCUGAGCGUGUGCAUUGAUUUCCCCGUUGCUCUCCUUGGAAAGAGCUGGAAGCGUAGCCCAGUGAGCCAGUGAGCAGUGCUGCUGCACAGAGAGUGCCUGAGAGCGAGAGCGGGCGAGAUGGGAAAAUGUGUCUGCAUCAGCAGCACUGCAGUGGUAAAGCCAUUGCCUGGCUCUCUGCAUGUUAGUGCUCGCAGAGCCCUGCUCCGGGGAGCCGAGGAGUCGAGAUGAAACGCACCGGCCGCCUCUCCUCACUGCCGUUCCCGUGGCAUCGUGCGUUAAUUGCUGAGAGUUAUUGUCCUUCCCGUAGCCAGCUGCCUGCAUCUCGCCGAGUGCUGCAGGAGAGGCAGUGAGGGGGAGCACGCGGCACCAGCCAGGUUCCCUGUCCCACAAGGAGGACUUGGAAUGAUGUGCCAGCACGGCCAAGCUCUGCUGCAAGGGUGCACCGAGCCUCUGCACCAGCUGGACUUAAGGUUAUUGAUGCUUCGUAAAGGUGCCCCGGACUUUGUCUAGCAACUAGCUGGAGGCAUCCGCUGCCCUCUGGGGCUUGCAUCUUCCCGUCAUUCCUGGUGCUGCUCUCUGGGCUGCCAGCAUCCCAGCCAGGGGAGGAGACGGUCCGGCAGUGGAGGGUCUGGCAGGAAGGGUCAGGGUGAGCACUGGGGAGGAUUCCAGCCCUGACCCACCAUGGCUCAGGCAGCCAAGCAGCUGAAGAAGAUUAAAGAUAUUGAGGCACAGGCUCUGCAGGAGCAGAAGGAGAAGGAAGAAUCCAACCGCAAGCGCAGGAAUCGCUCUCGGGACCGGAAGAAAAAGGCUGAUGCGGCAACCAGUUUCCUGAGAGCGGCGAGAUCCGGGAACCUGGACAAAGCCUUGGAUCACCUGAGCAAUGGGGUAGAUAUUAACACCUGCAACCAGAAUGGGCUGAACGCCCUGCACCUGGCCUCCAAGGAAGGCCACGUGAAGAUGGUGGCUGAGCUGCUGCACAAGGAAAUCGUUUUAGAAACGACGACCAAGGUGAGGGUUGGCGCGGGCAGGACAAGGGGGGGCCCAGCUCAUCCUUCGUCCCAGACCCAGGGCAGGCUGGGCUUGCGAAGGCUCUGGGCUGGCACUCGGGAGCCUUGGGGGGGCUGUUUCCGUCUCUGCCACAGCCUCCCUCUGCGGCCUUGGGCAGGUUCCUUUGCCUCUUUGCUGUAUAAACGGGCGGGUGAUGCUGACCUGCCUGCUGGGGCUCGGUGCCCACUGCGGGGCUCCUGGCUGGCUGACUGGGAUGGAGAUGGGCCUCGCUACCUCUGCUAUGAGCAGACACUUUCCAGCCCUUUGUUCUCCUGGCAGAGCAGGGUGUGGGACUGCCCCACGGACCAACACCCCUGGAGUUGGCGUCUGCCUGUCCUGUUGUGCCCCCAGGGUGGGUGCCGUGUCGGGCGGGGAGGGGCAGCCCAAUGGUCACGCGUGGCUCCGUGUCCGCAGAAAGGCUUCACGCCCCUCUACAUGGCGGCGCAGGAGAAUCACCUGGACGUUGUGAAGUUCCUGCUGGAGAGCGGUGCCAACCAGAACGUGGCCACAGAGGUGAGGCCGCCCAGGGCUGGUGCUCAGGGCUGCGUGUCCCGCCCAGGCCCCCCCUCCUCUGACUCCCCAGCGGGUGGGGCGCUGAUAGCCCAGGGGUCCCCAGCUCUGACUCCCCAGCGGAAUGGGAUCACCCCACUGCAUGUGGCGUCCCGACGGGGCAACAUCAUGAUGGUGCGGCUGCGGAACGGCCUGUCGCCCAUUCACAUGGCGGCGCAGGGAGACCACCUGGACUGCGUGCGGCUGCUGCUGCAGCGCGGCGCCGAGAUCGACGACAUCACGCUGGACCACCUGACGCCGCUUCACGUGGCCGCCCACUGCGGGCACCACCGCGUGGCCAAGCUGCUGCUGGAGAAGGGGGCCAAGCCCAACGCCCGCGCCCACCUGACGCCGCUUCACGUGGCCGCCCACUGCGGGCACCACCGCGUGGCCAAGCUGCUGCUGGAGAAGGGGGCCAAGCCCAACGCCCGCGCGCUGUCUGGCCUGACCCCUCUGCACGUGGCCGCCUUCAUGGGGCACCUGUCCAUCGUCAAGAUCUUGCUCCAGCGCGGCGCGUCCCCCAACGUCUCCAACGUGAAGGUGGAGACACCGCUGCACAUGGCAGCCAGAGCCGGGCACACAGAAGUGGCCAAGUACCUGCUGCAGAACAAAGCCAAAGUCAAUGCGAAAGCCAAGGACGACCAGACCCCCUUGCACUGCGCCGCACGCAUCGGCCACACGAGCAUGGUGAAGCUGCUGCUGGAGAACGACGCCAGCCCCAACCUGGCCACCACCGCCGGGCACACGCCCCUGCACAUCGCUGCCCGGGAGGGGCACGUGGACACCGCCCUGGCGCUGCUGGACAAGGAGGCCUCGCAGGCCUGCAUGACCAAGAAAGGAUUUACCCCCCUGCACGCUGCAGCCAAGUACGGGAAGGUGGACGUGGCCAGGGCCCUGCUGGAGCGCGAGGCCCAUCCCAACGCGGCGGGGAAGAACGGCCUGACCCCCCUGCACGUGGCCGUGCACCACAACAACCUGGAGAUCGUGAGGCUGCUGCUGCCGAAGGGCAGCUCCCCGCACAGCUCGGCCUGGGUAAGGCUCCACAGUGGCCUGACUCCUCUACACCUGGUGGCCCAGGAGGGCCAUGUGCCAGUCGCCGAUGUGCUGGUCAGACAUGGUGUCACGGUGGAUGCAGCGACCCGGAUGGGCUACACCCCACUGCACGUGGCCAGCCAUUAUGGCAACAUCAAGCUGGUGAAAUUUUUGCUGCAGCACCAGGCAGACGUCAAUGCCAAGACUAAGCUCGGCUACACCCCUCUGCACCAGGCCGCUCAGCAGGGGCACACGGACAUCGUGACGCUGCUGCUGCGCCACGGCGCCUCCCCCAACGAGGUCAGCUUGAACGGCACCACCCCGCUGGCCAUUGCCAAGCGCCUCGGCUACAUCUCGGUCACAGAUGUGCUCAAGUUGGUCACCGAAGAGACCGGCGUCCCGGUGAGUUGCUGCCCUGCCCCUCGCAGCGUGGGGCGGUCUCCCUGUGGGGCUCCCCUUGCAGCGUGGGGCGGUCUCCCUGCGGGGCUGUGGGGCUCCCUCGCAGCAUGGGGCGGUCUCCCUGUGGGGCUCCCCUUGCAGCGUGGGGCGGUCUCCCUGCGGGGCUGGGAGGAGCUGGCUGGUUCCCAGCCUGAGAAGCAGGAGUCCAGGGAGCAGGAGGACAAGGAGAUGGAGUUUGUCCCCAAGCUGGAUCAAGGCCAAGGAACAAGCCUGGCUCAGGCAGAAAUGCUGGCCCAUACGGAGCUGGGCACAAUCAGCUCAGCCCUGCACCAGCCCAGGGACGGGCAGGGAGGAGACCUGAGGUCUGGCCCUGUUGGGCUGAGCCGUGUCUUGGUUCCAGGGGAGGAGCUGGCUGGUUCCCAGCCUGAGAAGCAGGAGUCCAGGGAGCAGGAGGACAAGGAGAUGGAGUUUGUCCCCAAGCUGGAUCAAGGGGUGGAGUCUCCAGCCAUCCCGCCGAUCCCCUGCGUCACGCCUGAGACCGCAGAUUUGAACCUAGAACUUCUGAAGCUUGCUGUUUCCUAUCUCGCUCAGCCAUCCAAGGAGCUGGACGACGACUCGCUUAUCCCCAGCAGCCCCGCGACAGAGACCUCGGACAACAUCAGCCCGGUGGCCAGUCCUGUGCACACAGGUGUUGGCCACCUGGGCAGCUUUCCCCUGGCAGACCCCCUCUCUCACUCAUGCAGGCCAUCCAAGGAGCUGGACGACGACUCGCUUAUCCCCAGCAGCCCCGCGACAGAGACCUCGGACAACAUCAGCCCGAAACUGAGCACGCCGCCGCCCCUGGCGGAGGAGGAGGGUCUGGCCAGCAGGAUCAUCGCCCUGGGGCCCGCUGGGGCGCAGUUCCUGAGCCCUGUGAUCGUGGAGAUCCCGCAUUUUGCGUCGGCCGGGCGGCGGGACCGGGAGCUGGUGGUGCUGCGCAGCGAGAACGGCUCCGUCUGGAAGGAGCAUCGCAACCGCUACAGCGAGAGCUACCUGGACCAGGUGCUCAAUGGCAUGGAUGAAGAGCUGGAGAGCCUGGAGGAGCUAGAGAAGAAGAGGAUUUGCCGCAUCAUCAGCACCGAUUUCCCCCGCUACUUCGUGGUCAUGUCCCGCGUCUGCCAGGACUGCGACCUGAUUGGCCCGGAGGGGGGGUGUCUGAAGAGCUCCCUAGUGCCCAUGGUGCAGGCCACCUUCCCGGAGACGGCUGUCACCAAGAGAGUCAAGCUGGCUCUGCAGGUACCGGUCCUCCCUGGGCCAGGGACAGACAGAGGAUGGGUAGGUUCCAGGCAUCGCUGCCCCAGGCCAACAGAGACAGGGACCGGUCCCAGGUGUCAAUGCCCCGGGGCCGACACGGACGAAGGGACAGAGUCUGAGGGUAUGUCUACACUACAGAGUUUUUUUCGGAAAAACAACCAUUUUUCCAAAAUAACUUCAAUUAUGUCCACCCUGCAGUUGUGUUCUUCUGCAAGAAAAUUGAGAGAAUUGAGGGGGUUUCCGAGAUUGGUAAUCCUCAUUUUACUAGGAAGAACCCUUUUUACAGACAGACAGAGGCUGGGCACAGCCCAGGCCCAGUGGGAGGACAUCACAGGGACUACGAAGCUGGUGUACGCCCAUGAGUGUGCCAGCUUCACCACCAAAGUGUCUGCCCGGUUCUGGCUGGCAGAUUGCCCGCGCACGGCCGAGGCUGCCCACUUCCCCAGCCUGCUGUACCAGGAGCUGACGGCCGUGCCCUACAUGGCCAAGUUCGUGGUGUUUGCCAAGAUGAGCAGCACGCGGGAGGGGCGGCUGCGCUGCUACUGCAUGACCGACGACACAGUGGACAAGACGCUGGAGCAGCACCAGAGAUUCAGGCAUAGCGCCCUCCCCCGGGCCCAGGUGCUGGAGGGGAUGCCCCUGCACGUGGAGCUCUCGGGGAAUCUGGCGCCUGUCAAGAAGGCCACGCAGCAGCGCCGCUUCCACUUCCAGGCCUUCCAGGAGAACCGGCUGGCGGCGCUUGGCCCACGGCAGCUUCUCCUCCAGGGGACCGGCAGCGAGGAGCGAAGGAGGACGCUGACACCGCUGGCGCUGCGCGAGAGAUACAGCACCCUCGCUGAGAGCCCGCUGGGCUCUCUGAGCGGCGCGGAGAAGGCUGACGUGAAGAUGGCUGCUAUCUCGGAGCACCUGGGCCUCAGCUGGGCUGAGCUGGCCCGGGAGCUGCAGUUUGGGGUGGACGAUAUCAACCGGAUCCGGGUGGAGAACCCCAAUUCCCUGCUGGAGCAGAGCGUGGCCAUGCUCAACCUGUGGGUCAGCCGGGAGGGCAAGAAUGCCAAGAUGGAGAAUCUGUACGCGGCCCUGAGGAGCAUCGACCGCGGCGAGAUUGUCCGCAUGAUGGAGGGUGCCGGCCGGCCGAGCCACGGCCCAAAGGGCGAGCAGCAUUGCGCCGACAAGGACUACUCCCUCUCGCCCUCCCAGAUGAAUGGUUAUGCCUCGCUGCAGGACGAGCUCCUGUCCCCCGCCUCCCUGCACUACACGCUGCCCUCCCCACUGCGUGCAGACCAGUACUGGCACGAGGUGACCGUCCUGGACGCCAUGCCCUUGGCCCCCACUGAGCCGGACGCCCUGCUGGAGCUGUCCGACAUGCAGGUGUGGUCUGCGGGGCUCACCCCCUCACUGGUGACCGCCGAAGACUCCUCCCUGGAGUGCAGCAAGGCUGAGGACUCGGAUGCCAUGAGCGAAGGCCGUUUCCCAGGGCUGCUGCUGGAUGACACCCACGCCCCGGACCAGCUGGGCUCGCUGGAUCUGGCUGAGGACGACACAGUGGAUUCAGAUGCUAUGAAUGGCCUGAUCGACCUGCUGGAGCAGGAGGAAGGGCAGGGGUCAGAGGAGAAGCUGCCAGCGUGUGAGCACCAGGCCGGGCUGGCGGGGGAGCGGGGCUCGGAGGAUGAAGUCUCUUUUGUUGCAGGCCAGCAGAGGGUGCAGGCCAGGAUCCUGGAGUCGCCCACUGUGAGCUGGGUUGCAGAGAGGAGCACGGCCAGGCUGAGGGACUGGAAUGCAGAAGGCUCCUUUGUCUCCUGCCUGCAGGACCUGCCUGCGGGCUCCUGGCAGGAGGGGGGCCCCAGAACUCCCGGGGUCGGGGGGUUGCUCGCGGGGCCCGGCAGAGGGCCUGGGGGGGCCCGUGGGGCACUGGCUCCCUGCCCUUCCCCCUCACUGCCUCAUUUGUUCUCCCCUCUGGCGCUGCAGGGCAACGAGGUUCAGGAUAUCCCCGGGGAGCAAGUGACGGAGGAGCAAUUCACUGAUGAGCAAGGCAACAUCGUCACCAAGAAGGUCGUGCGGAAGGUGGUGCGGCGGAUCAGCGCGGGCGACGAGGAUGCCAGGCGGGUGCCCAAGGAGGUGAUUCUCGAGGGCUCGCUGCAAGAGCCGCAGGAGCUGGAAGCCGAGGCGGAGAGGAGGCGCGAGGGCACAGCCCGGACUCGGAGCUGA